CCGGGCUGGCGCGUUUGCCUUCUCCUAAUAUUUUCUCAGCUCUCUGAAGUCUAGGUAGGGGUAAAAUGGAAUGCGGAGAGGAAAAUGCACCGCGUCAUACGGCGGCGCCGGAGAUUAGUCCGUCGCUACAGGACGGCAACGAUCGAGGGGAGGAGCUAGUGAUGAGUGAGGUUCACCUAGGGUGUCCCCCGAACCACUCUGGACCCCAUAUCUCCCAUUUCACCAUCUCACUCCCACCUCGAGAUGAACGGAUUGGAGAAAGUUGCAAUUCAGUGAAGGAAAAAGUCUGCGAAGUGGAUGGAGAUGGAGAUUUAGUUCUAACUCGACGGCGGAAUCCACAGAAGGAUUCUUUUGUUAUAACUAUCCAGCAUAACAUCACAUCAUCCAUUCCAAGAGUUGGACUCCAGGUUUGGAGAGCAGAAUUGGUACUAGCUGACUUUGUGCUGCAUAUGAUGCAUAAAUCAUCCAGUUUUGAUGGAAUUGUUGCUCUUGAACUUGGCGCUGGUACUGGGUUGGUUGGCAUGUUACUUGCACGUGUUGCUAAUACUGUCUUCAUAACUGACCAUGGCGACGAAGUACUUGGAAACUGUGUCAAGAAUAUUCAUCUCAAUGCUGGAAUCUUCCACCACAAGGCUUCCGUGUAUGUACGAGAACUUGAUUGGAACCAUCAAUGGCCCCCAUCAGUGGUAGAAAAUUCUCCAUCCGAGCAAAGCUACUAUUGGAGCGUAUCAGAGGUUGAAGAGCUUCACAAAGCUUCUUUGCUCUUGGCUGCCGAUGUAAUUUAUAGUGAUGACUUAACUGAUGCCUUCUUCAGAGUAUUAGAAGCAAUCAUGUCUAAUAGUCCUGACAAGGUCCUAUACCUAGCUCUAGAAAAGCGGUAUAACUUCACAAUCGACGAUCUUGAUGUUGUUGCAAAUGGCUACUCACACUUCCGCAGCUAUAUCAAGGACGGGGAAGAGGAAGAUGAUCUUGAAACUGAACGUUCAUGUAGUUUCAUCGGUAGACUCAUCAAUCUGGAAGAAAUUCCACAGUAUGUGCAGGAGUAUGAUCGAGGAAAUGAUGUUGAGAUUUGGCAGAUUAGAUAUGCGAGGCCGAAACCUUAAAAUUCAGGGAAUGAAAGCUUACUUUGACAUUCGCUACAUUUAGAAAGCUUGGUGUGUGGUUCUAGACAGGAUAUCUGUGGACGUGUAUGCAAAAGCGACAGAUUUUGCAAGUCUGGAACAAGAAUUUAGAUUGUGGUUGUCACAUGCAGACCACAGAAUCUUAAAAAGCCACUUUAUUUCAGCAUCAAACACUGUAAUGGGGUUGAAGGAAAAAAGAGCAUUUGUUCCA